CUGCUUGUUGGACUUAUGUUAGAUGAUCAGCUCUCAUCUUCCAUUUUCUCUGCCACGAGUGUCCCAUCGCCAUCCGGAUCUAUCCCUGGAGCCUCUGCCCCCUUCCGGCCCCUCUUCAACGACUUUGGCCCCCCGUCCAUGGGCUACGUGCAGGCCAUGAAGCCACCAGGUUCCCAGGGCUCUCAGAGCACGUACACUGACCUACUCUCUGUCAUUGAGGAGAUGGGCAAAGAGAUUCGACCCACCUAUGCAGGUAGCAAGAGUGCCAUGGAGCGGCUGAAACGAGGCAUUAUCCACGCCCGGGCGCUGGUGAGAGAGUGUCUGGCAGAGACAGAGCGCAACGCCCGUACGUAACAGCUGCUGCCCUGCCCCAUGGACCUUCCCACCCACGAACAUCUGAGAACCUGGAGAGCUGCCCUCCCACGGACCUUCCCACCUGAGACCUGGCUCUGCCAUAACCCACACAGACCUUUCAGCCAUUCGGCAGCCACGGAUCAGGAGCAGGUCCUGCUGGGAUGCUUCUGUUGCCGGCAGUCAGCGCUGGGGAAGCUGGUGCUUGGGCCACGCUGCCGGGAUCUCCAGGAAGAGAAGCCAGCGAUUUUUCUCACGUCUUUAUAACGUGUUUUGUUUUUAUAACUCAAUAAAAGGAAGCAUUGGGAUUCUGA